AUGCUCAAAUUGAAGCCUCUGCCGUACACAGGCUCAAGGACCGUUGUCCCUAGGAAGAGCCAGAACCAGGCGAAAAUCACUCUACGUGGGCUGACGCUGUUUGGCCUUUUACUUAUCUUCAUCAUCACCUACAGCUUCUCGCAGGUUUCAAAGGGAGCGGACCGUUCGGAAUGUCGAAGAGUUUUUAUGGCCCCAGCCUAUGCCAGAAUACAUGGGUUUGACGAGACGCACACAAGGUUCGCCUCGAAGUACUCGCUUUUCCUCUACAGAGAGCAGGGCAAGGACCGAAUGCCUCCAGAGUCCGAAGAUACGCAAAUCGAGCUGACCGGUACUCCUGUUUUGUUUAUACCAGGGAAUGCAGGCAGUUUCAAGCAGGUGCGUUCGUUUGCUGCUGAAGCAGCAAACAUCUUCUACGACACAUACCAGACCCAUAAAGAUACCGAAGACCAUCUGAACCCGCUGGCGACAAAUCUAGACUUCUUUUCCGCGGAUUUCAAUGAAGACUUCACGGCCUUUCACGGAAGGACAAUGCUGGAUCAGGCCGAGUAUCUGAACGAAGCAAUCAAGUUCAUCCUCACCCUAUACAGGGAGUCUGAUAAUCCAGUGGAUUCGGUGAUCCUUUUGGGUCAUUCCAUGGGAGGAAUUGUGGCCAGAGUUAUGUUGAGCUUACCCAACUAUAAAGAGAACUCGAUCAAUACGAUAAUCACCCUUGCUGCACCUCAUGCUGCCGCUCCAGCCACUUUUGAUGGCGAUAUCCUCAAGGUGUUUGCAUCCACAGACAACUUCUGGAGGAGUGGAUUUGCAACCGGUGAUGCUCAGACUGAUCUGGAGAAGAUCGCCACAAAGAGACUUGGUGAUGUCUCGAUUGUCUCCAUCACCGGUGGUCUCUCCGACAACAUCCUCCCUGCUGACUACACUACUCUAGACGGUCUCGUUCCAUCUACGCAUGGGCUGGUUGUUUCUACAACUGGUAUUCCUGGAGUAUGGACUCCAAUUGACCACCUGGCUGUGGUGUGGUGUGAUCAGCUGCGCAAAGUUGUCUCCAAGAUGCUCCUGGAGAUAGUGGAUGGAGGUUCGCCAAAAAGAACGCGUCCGCUUCCAGAAAGAAUGUCUAUUUUCAAGAGACACCUGUUAUCUGGGUUUGAGGAGAUUUCUCGGGAAGAAUUAGAGGCAGUGAAUGUUGGCUCCGGUGGAAAGAGUUUUCAGUAUCAGGUCAAAAUAGAUACCAAGCAUCUAUCGAGCUCGGUGUCCAGAGAGAAAUCUCUACAAAUACCUCAAAAGAAGAAGGCUGAGGGAGAAAUGCCGGAACUGCAUCUGUUUUACAUUCCAAAAGAUGAGUUGAAGUUCAAAUACACGUUCUUGAGUUCUCUCAAGCCAGUGGCUAUCGAACAGCUCGGGCAAACCUCGGCCCCUGCUGUGCUACUCUGUCGAACUCUCGCUCCUUCUGAAAAGAGACAGGGCCAAAAACUGUUGGAUUACACCACCGGAAACACCAACAAGUAUGUUGAGUUGGAGUGUGUGGACGUUCAUGGCGAUGUAAAGACAAUCCCCAGGUCCUCUAGUGACACCCAAUCAACGGUGGAAUCUUCCGUUGGUGAUGGUAGAACACCUUUCCAGUUGCUGGAGUAUGACUCAUCCAUUCUAGAGCUAUAUGAUGCGGUUGUAAUUGUGGAAUCACCAAAGUCGAUCCCUGAAGAAAGUGAAGACUUUGUGUUGGGCGAUUUGGAGCUGGAACAGUCCACAAACUUCGUCCUAGGUGAUGCCAGUUUGUGGAAGCUAUUCACGCGAGGUUAUGAUCUUUCGCUGCCAAUGCACAGACCUAUAGGCGUCUCGGUAAGCAUACCCUCGGCGUGGAGCAGUCUUCUGGCGUACGAAUUCGACGUGAGAUUCGAAGAGUCUUCCACCGAGCGCUUUGCGCCUUUCAUGAUGCAGCACAUUAGGGAUGAGGUCAAAUGGCACGUCAAUUUGAACAGAGACGGCCGUGUUUUGUCGCUGAUAAAUGGAGUUUCCCCCUACUGUCCUUACUCCAAAAACAACCUCCCCACGAUGCAGCUGAAACUCUUCUCCGAUUCGCUUGCUUCGGACCAGGUGCUGGACAUCUACAUGAGCGUGGACUGGCUCAAAUCUCUUAGUCUGCUGAUUCUCAAAUACCGAUUGGCCAUUGUGAGCAUGCCCAUCUCGAUCUGUCUGAUGGUGUUGUCGUUCCAGUGGAGGGUGUACAUGAAGACUGCGGUUUACCCCAGCUUUGGAGCCGGGUUACAGCGACUGUGUAGGGUGGACAUUAUCGUGCCCAUAUUUGUUGUGGCCAGUCUACUUUCAAGUCUCACAUCAUUUGAGUUCGUUCAGCGCAUCCUGCGUGCGCUCGACCCGGUAGAUACCACGGACUUUGCUUUAAUGAAGAGACUAGAGGACCCUAGCAUUCACACAAACCCUUACUUUCUCGGAAUUGAUGCAUCGGCUCUGUGGUUCUACGGUCCCAUGUUCUUUAUCAUUUCAAUAUCAUUGGUGUGCACAGUAUACUUGGUCAUUCUGGCAGGAGUUUCUGGGUUCCAUUGUUUUAAUGAAAGGUUUGGAAGCGGUGAAGCAGUGGAACGCGUUGCAAGACCUCCCGUGUUCAACUCUCGCCGUCGCACCGUUGGUAUGAUCAUGGUUUUCAUCCUUGUGCCAUUUUUCGUGCCGUUCCAAUUCGCCUACGUGAUUUGCUGUAUAGUCCAGAUAACAGUGGUAUUGCGAGCAUCUUCUUCCAAGACAGCAUCUACUACUCCAAGUCUGGCUCCAAGCGGAAUGUCUCCAUCACAAGUGUACCAGAACUUCAGCAACUACUCACUGUCUUUCCUCAUGGUUAUGAUCUGGUUAUUGCCCAUCAACAUCCCCAUUCUGAUUGUUUGGUUCCACAACUUUUCUCUCAAGUGGUCCACUCCAUUUUCAUCUUCUCACAACUUCCUGGCGAUAAUACCCAUUGUGCUGGUUGUCCAGCACCAUGUUUCGGGGUCGAUGAUUCCUCGGCCCAAGUCACGCGCGUUUCAAAUGAUCACCAGGGCCACCAUUGCAUACUUUUCGUUCUACGCCCUGGUAUAUGGGCCAAGAAACCUUUAUUGGCUGCACCAUCUCUUCAAUUUCUUCUGCGCGUGGUGUCUGUUGUUGUGUUACGAUUCGUCCUCGAUAUCAGGAAGACUGGUGGACUCAAAGGAGCAACCAGGUGAGAAGGACUCCAUCAAUGGCUCUUCGAAACUUCACUAA